AACUGCGCGUACGCGACACCCUACGGAUGUGCCACCUACUUCCAGCCCUUCUGGAACUCCGGUGCCUACGUCUCUGCAAGCUGCAGCUACUCGUGCUCCAGCGGGCUUGCCUGGUGGUCCCACCUUCUCAUUCCCACCGCACAGCACUCCUCACAUUUCCCCAUCAACUCCUCCCUCUAUCUCUUCCCCUCCCUCCACCCCUCUCAGCCUACGUCUCUGCAAGCUGCAGCUACUCGUGCUCCAGCGGGCUCGCCUGGUGGUCGUGGCUGCUCAUCAGUUUCGCGAUUCUCUUUGUCUCUGUAGGGGUGGGCUUCGGGGUCUAUGUGUGCCUGCGCUCUGCCCGCAGCUGAUUCCAAGAGCACUGCUGAAUGUGCGUGCUGCGGGCUUGCCUGGUGGUCCUGGCUGCUCAUCGGUCUCGCCAUUCCCUUAG